UGGUGUGCGGUCAAGGCUGGCCAGUGGUAGACUCGGAACUGCAGGUUUAGAGAGCGCGCAUUGCCGAGCAGACGAAGUGGAAACCGGCGCCAUUUCGGAUCCAGCACAGUGUGAGCAGUGUGAGGUCCCGCCCCUUUGCUUGAGACAGGGAGGACAGCCAACCAGUCUCGCAAGCUGGGUUUCUGCAGCCAAUAAUACGCGACGGUUCCAACAGGGCACGCCUACUCCUAGUGACGCUAUCAUUUCGUUAGGGAAAUUGAAGCGUUUGCUUUGUUUAUGUUGUGGAGCGCGAAAGUUACUCCUCGCACAAAUAAAAAGGACUCUGUAGUUUGUUUUCUUUCUUUAUCACUUAUAUAUUAUUAUAUAUUAAUGUUACGCGAGUCUCAAGCUAUAACAGUCAGUGAAGAUGGACGUCAGCGUCUCCGUGUCGUUCUUUCAAGACGAGCUCGCCUCUACCAUCGAGCACGCAGUGAAAGCGGCUGUAGACACCGUCUUGUGCCAAAUCACAAAAGUUGUCGGCGGCAAAUUCACUGAAUUCCGAAUGGAAAUGGCUGGAAAGGAGAAAGAGAAUGAAAGUCUGAAGCUGAGAUUGGAAAUAUCAGAGAGCGAGUUGAAAGCAGUGCGGGAAUGCAUGAACGCUGCAGAUGCAGACAUUAAACAACCUCUCAGAAACAUGAACCCCGACUGCAAUGAACAAGACUUUCAGAGGAAUGAGAACCAGGGGUUAUUGCAAGAUCCCAAAGAGAGCCAUGCUAUGCCUAAAUCUGAAGCAGAGGAGGGGCCAAGGAUAGAAGCAGUUUAUACACUAGAGGAGUCCUUUCACCAGGAGUGGUGUGCAAGUCUAAAGCAGGUUACAGAGCUGACAUGUGUUAAAGAUGAAGAGGUCCCUCAACUGGAAUGUGUUACUAUUAAAAAGGAAUUCAUAGAACAGGAAUGUGUCCCCAUCGCAGAGGAAGUUCCUACUGAAAAUAAUGUCUGUACACUUGAGGAGAACAACCAGCUGGGAUCCAACCUGCGUGAUGAUUGUCCACCUCAAUUUGAACUUGGAUUUAGAGCUGCUAAAGGAAAUCUCACAAGAGGGGCUACAUUUCCCUGUGCUGACUGUGGGAAGAAUUUCAGUUGUUUAUCACAGCUUCAAAUCCACCAGCGCGUUCACACAGGAGAGAAACCUUAUCACUGCACUGAGUGCGGGAGGAGUUUCAGUCGUUUAACAGACCUGAAAAUCCACCAGCGCAUUCACACAGGAGAAAAACCUUAUCACUGCACUGAGUGUGGGAGGAGUUUCACACAGUUAGGAAAUCUUCAAUCACACCAGCGCAUUCACACAGGAGAGAAACCUUAUCACUGCACUGAGUGCGGGAAGAGAUUCAGUCGUUUAGCAGACCUGAAAAGACACCACCGCAUUCACACAGGAGAAAAAGUGUGGGAGGAGUUUCACACUGUUACAAAAUCUUAAAAAACACCAGCGCAUUCACACAGGAGAGAAACCUCAUCACUGCACAGAGUGUGGGAAGAGAUUCGCACAGUUAGGACAUCUUCAAUCACAGCAGCGCAUUCACACAGGAGAGAAACCUUAUCACUGUUCUGAGUGUGGGAAUAGUUUCAGCUAUUCGUUCCUUGAAAAUCCACCAGCGGACUCAAAACAAAGAGAAAUCGGAUCAAUGCAGUGAAUGUUUAAAGAGUUUCCAUCAGUUAUCAAACUUUAAUUGACACCAUAAAAUUCACACAAGAUUGAAGCCCUAUCACUGUGGGAAGACGUUCAGUCAGUUCCUGGGUCUUAAAGGACACAAGAGAAUUCACAGAAUUUUAGGCACUUGAGGACACAUUGACACCAGGAGUAAAUCUGACUAAAAUACAGAGAUAUUUACUGAAAACAAAGUAAUAAAGUUACUAAAUAAAUAGGUUUAUUCCUAAUCGCUUCAGAUCAAAAACUUACACUCAUGGAUGGAAAAUAUGAACUACUACAUCUUGUUUGGACCAUUCAUCAUCUUGAAUCAUUCUGAUUUUGUUACGUCACAUUAGUAAUCUAUGAUGGAGAUUGUAAAUGUGUCUGCAAGAUUCCACUUUCGUCUCAUGCAUUGCUGAGUCUCUAAAUUUUAGGAUUAUUAUAUGUAACUCCUCACUAGUGACCAAGUCUCCCAAGUAUACAGUUUCAUAAUGAAAAUCAAUAACAGAUUUUUAUCAGUAACCUGAAAAUGAAUGCCAAAGGUGCAUACAAGGAGCUGAAUUGAGUGUGGUGGUGUUGUUGAAAAUGUAUAUUUUUGAUUAAAUAAAUGAGCGAGCAGGGAUAGCGCAGGUCUGGGGCAGAGAUUAGAGGGCUAACGCAGGUCUGGGGCAAGCGUAGCGGGGUAGAGCUGGGGACUUUAUACUUUAAAAAAAAAAAAAAGAUAUUAUUUGAAUUUCCCGCUGCAUGCUCCGAUUGGCUAUUUUGUAGCGAAUGGGCUUGAAACCUUGAUUGAUUGCUCCCCCCUUCCUCUGUCUGAUUAGUUCAUUAUCAUAAUCUGGAAAGGGGAAACUUUUAAAACAUGCAUAACUUUUGCUAAAUAAUUCAGAUUUUAUUCCCGUUAUUUUUACCCUAAGAAAUUACAUUUUUUUAGACACCAAACAUGUCGGGUUGCGACUUUGGUUAGACAUUGCAAACAGUUUAAUUCUCUUAGGGAUUUAUUACCUGGGUUAUCCUAUACUUGUUAGGCAAUUUAAGAAUAAAAAUGCUUGCAUCUUGUACUCAUACUGGUAUUAAAUCAAUAUGAUGUGACAUUUGUCUUAAAUCUCUAAAUCUUUAAGCUACUUUUCUCUCUUUCAGACUCCUCUGCUAAACCACCUCUCUCUCACUAGACAGGUUAAUUAAAUCACGGAGACGGGUUUGAUUAGCCUUUUGUUUCCUGAGUGCCUGGUGCAUUCAAGGUGUUACGUUGAUCGUUAUCUCUAGGCAAAGCUAGACAAAUUAGAUUAAAGUUCAUUCAAUGUAGAUUCCUGAUAAUAUAUAAUAUCAUAACAUAUAAGAAAGUCCAUGACAUUUGCAAUAUAUUUGAGAUGACAAUGUCUAUAGAACCUACAAUGUUGCAUCCUCAAAAAAAUCAAGCAGGUUAGUUAGACACGAUCUCCCUUUCCUAAAAGCAUGCUGACUGUCUCCCAGGAUACUGUUACCAUAUAGGUAAUUUUCCAUUUUGGAUCUUAUUAUAGUUUCCAUAAGUUUACAUAUAAUAGAAGUCAGGCUUAUUGGUCUGUAGUUACCUUGUUCGGUUAAGUCUCCCUUUUUGUGGAUCGGUAUUACGUUUGCUAUUUUCCAGUCUGUCGGUACACCCCCUGUGUCAAGAGACUGUUGCAUGAUCUUGGUUAGCGGUUUGUAAAUAACUUCUUUCAUUUCUUUGAGUACUAUUGGGAGGAUCUCAUCCGUCCCAGGGGAUUUGUUUAUUUUAAGAGCUCCUAGUCCCUUUAACACUUCUGACUCUGUUAUGCUAAAGUUAUUUAAAAUUGGAUAGGAACAGGUCGACACGUGGGGCAUGUUGUCCGUAUGUUAUUAAGAAAAAAUACAUUUUCAAAAGUUUGUUAAAAUACAGUACUAAUACGAAUUAUAUACAGUACUAAUAUGAAUUAAAUACAGUACUAAUACGAAUUAUAUACAGUACUAAUAUGAAUUAAAUACAGUACUAAUAUGAAUUAAAUACAGUACUAAUAUGAAUUAUAUACAGUACUAAUAUGAAUUAAAUACAGUACUAAUAUGAAUUAAAUACAGUACUAAUAUGAAUUAAAUACAGUACUAAUACGAAUUAUAU